CUUACCACGCGUUCAAAAACUGUUCUUUUCUUCUCACCUGAUGCCCAUGCGAGGUGCUGGGCUGAGAGUUCCCUUCGCCAUCUCGCUUUCUCUCGCCGGUCGAGGUUCUCGUGUGUCUUCCAGAACCGGAAAUGUCAAAAACGGCCGAGAUGACGGCGAAGCGAUCGUCCUCUAGCGACCCUGAUCCCCAGGACAGAGAGCCGCUCGAUCAACUGGUCUCUGAAACUACAGUGACAUACAAAGUCUAUAAACGACGGUUCUGGGGUCUCGCGCAGCUGGUUCUCCUGAAUAUCGUGGUGAGCUGGGACUGGCUUACCUUUUCCGCCAUCUCGACCACGGCAGCAGAGUAUUUUCAAGUAUCGGAGAGCUCCAUCAACUGGAUCAGUACCGGCUAUCAGUUUGCCUUUUGUGUCGCCAGUCCUUUCACCAUCCUCAUCCUGAACAAAGGCGGUCCUAAACCGGCCAUCAUCGCAACCUCUACCCUCCUACUCUUGGGGAAUUGGAUUCGCUAUGCCGGGACAAAGGCGCGCGGAGGGAUGUUCGGGGUCACGAUGUUCGGCCAGAUCAUCAUCGGACUGGCGCAGCCGUUUUGUCUGAGUGCACCUACGAGAUACAGUGACCUGUGGUUCACGGAUAAAGGUCGCACCAGUGCCACCGCGCUGGCCACGCUGGCAAACCCUCUCGGUGCUGCUCUGGGAGAGCUGGUUGAUUCCGCCUGGGCGACCAAACCGAGUCAGAUCCCCGAUAUGAUGCUAUACAUCUCCAUCAUUUCCAGCGUUGCUGCAAUUCCGUCAUUCUUCCUGCCUGCGCGGCCGCCAACGCCCCCCAGUGCAUCUUCAGCCGUGGAGAAGACACCCCUCGUUCCGGCCGUGAAACAGUUGCUCCGCACGCCCGAAUUCUGGCUCAUCUUCGUCCCCUUCGCCGUGUAUGUCGGCUUCUUCAACAGCAUCUCCUCGCUUCUCAACCAGAUCCUCUCCCCCUACGGGUUCUCCGAGUCUGAAGCAGGCAUCGCGGGCGCCAUCCUCAUCGUCGUCGGGCUCAUCUCCUCCGCCAUCCUUUCCCCCAUCACAGACCGCUACAAGCACUACCUCGGCACGAUCCGCCUCCUCGUCCCCAUCAUCGCGAUCAUGUACAUCGCUCUGAUCUUCGCGCCGUCCAGCUCCGCAGGGAUUGGCCCCUCGUACGCCAUCUGCGCCAUUAUCGGCGCAGCCUCCUUCUCCCUUCUGCCCGUCGUGCUCGAGUAUCUCGUCGAGAUCACCUACCCCUUCUCCCCGGAGAUCGGGAGCACCCUCUGCUGGACGGGCGGCCAGCUUUUCGGCGCCAUCUUCAUCGUCAUCCAGGAUGCCUUGAAGGCCGGUCCCGCCGCCUCCCCGCCGCAAAACAUGCGCCACGCCCUGAUCUUCUCCGCUGUCGUGGCUGCCGCUGCGGCGCCCUUCGCUCUCUCCCUCGGUUUAUUCGGGCGAGACGUUCGACGCCGCCGUCUGGAUGUCGACCGCGCUGUUCAUCCAGACAACGUAGAGAAUGUCGAGACCAGUGAGACCGUUCAAGGCCCGUGAAUUCAAGCCAUGACCC